ACUCUCGACAAGUACAUACAUAGAAAUAUAGUAUCGCCUUGAUACUGUAUAAUAUUGUACGCUCUGACAGCGGGCCGGGCCAAUCACGUGCGGGCAUAUUCAUGCCUGAGGAGCUCUUCCCUAGUAACCAGUCAACAUCUCUUCUCUGUCUCAUCCUCUGCCUCCGUUGCAUCGCCAUCAAUCCACCAUGUCUUCCUACAAUCGCUUAGAUCCCUAUGCGGAUGAUGGAAGUCGCUCUCCCAUUAUGAAUCCCCAUUAUACAGACAAUCGCACUCCCUCUCCGGGGCGCCCAUUACAACCAUAUCAGCAUGAGGCAGAGUUUCGACCAUUGCAGAUGCCCUCGACAGAUCAUCUACUAGAUCAACCAACGUACUCUGUUGAAGGCAUCAAUAACUCGUACGGCCACAACGAGCGAUUCGAGCAGCAUCACAUCCAAAACUAUCCCCAUGAAUAUACACUGCGCCCCGAAGAUCAUCACGACGCGUACUAUAACCAACCUUAUGAACCGACAGGAAUUCCUCACGACGAUUACGACCUUUCGAAUUACCCACAUCAACAACCUUCUCCCUACCAAGAUGAUCGAGUUCCAAUCCUGCAAGCGGAUAACCCUUACGGACCAAACCCCUACGAACCACCCGAGUAUACGCAUGGCGACGACUAUGUCGCUGACGAAGCCAGUGGGCAGCCUGAGCAUGUUCCAACCCCACCCGCAGCAAGUCCCAGUCCGGCACCAAUUCGACGGUGGAAGACAGUCAAAGAAGUCCAGUUGUUUCGUGGAAAUUUGGUCUUGGACUGCCCCGUGCCUCCCAAGUUACUAAAUCAAGUGCCUCAUGCUCAACCACCCGAACGUGACGAAUUUACGCAUAUGCGCUAUUCUGCCGCUACUUGCGAUCCUGCAGAGUUCUACAACGAUCGGUUUACUCUGCGACAGAGCUUGUUUGCGAAACCCAGACACACUGAACUAUUCAUCGUCAUUACCAUGUAUAACGAAGACGAGUUUCUUUUUGCCCGCACAUUGAUCGGUGUCUUCAAGAAUAUCGAGUACAUGUGCUCGAGAUCGAAUAGCAAGACCUGGGGCAAGGAUGCAUGGAAGAAAAUCGUCGUGUGUGUCAUUAGUGACGGUCGUGCCAAGAUCAAUCCUCGCACCCGUGCAGUGCUGGCCGCUCUGGGUGUCUACCAGGAUGGAAUUGCUAAACAGCAAGUCAACGGCAAGGACGUCACCGCACAUAUUUACGAAUACACCACACAACUGGCGUUGGGAUUGAAGGGCACACAAGUCUACGUCAAGGGCCGUUCAGCCACUCCCGUACAGAUGAUCUUUUGUUUGAAGGAAAAGAAUCAAAAGAAGAUCAACUCGCAUCGUUGGUUUUUCCAGGCUUUUGGCCGUGUGCUGGAUCCUAAUAUCUGUGUAUUGCUCGACGCUGGUACAAAACCCGGCAAGGACUCCAUUUACCAUCUUUGGCGAGCCUUUGACUUGGAACCAAUGUGUGGAGGUGCUUGUGGUGAGAUCAAAGUGAUGUUGGACCGUGGAAAGAACCUCAUCAACCCGCUUGUUGCCGCGCAAAACUUUGAAUACAAGAUGAGCAAUAUCCUUGACAAACCACUGGAAUCUGCUUUUGGUUUCAUUUCUGUUUUGCCUGGUGCCUUCUCCGCUUAUCGAUAUGUUGCUCUACAAAACGACAAAACUGGCCAAGGACCUCUCGAGAAAUAUUUCGCUGGUGAGAAGAUGCAUGGUGCCAAUGCCGGUAUCUUCACUGCGAACAUGUAUCUGGCAGAAGAUCGUAUCCUGUGUUUCGAGAUCGUGACCAAGCGCAACUGUCGAUGGGUUCUCUCUUAUGUGAAAUCCUCCACUGGAGAGACGGAUGUGCCCGAUCGCAUGGCUGAGUUUAUCCUUCAGCGUCGUCGAUGGUUAAAUGGUAGUUUCUUCGCCGCUGUUUAUGCAAUCGCUCACUUCUAUCAAAUCGGACGCAGCAGUCACAGUUUUAUGAGACAGUUCAUGCUCGGCUUCGAGUUCAUCUUCCAGACUCUCAACAUGCUCUUUGCUUGGUUCGCGAUUGGCAAUUUUUUCCUCGUCUUCCACAUUCUGACACAAUACUUGGGUUCUCAUGACCUUUUGGGGACCGCCGGAACGAUUCUCGGUAUCGUCUUUGAAUGGAUCUACCUCUCGACUCUUGUGGCCUGUUUUGUCCUCUCGCUUGGCAACCGUCCGCAGGGCUCAAAUAAGUUCUAUAUGACAAUGGUCUACUUUUGGGUUAUUGUCAUGAUCUAUUUGACAUUUGCCGCCGUUUUCGUCACGGUAAAAUCCAUCCAAGCACAAGUCCAUGAGAACGGUUUUACUUUCAGUGAUUUGUUCACCAAUCAGCAUUUCUUCACCAUUAUUAUAUCACUCGCAUCCACUUACGUGAUGUGGUUUGUGGCAUCGAUUGUUUUCUUCGACCCAUGGCAUAUGUUCACCUGUUUUAUUCAAUAUCUCCUCCUUACGCCUACUUACACGAAUGUGCUCAACGUGUAUGCCUUUUGCAACACCCACGAUGUUACUUGGGGUACAAAAGGAGACGACAAAGCGGAAAAAUUACCGUCUGCUACCGUCAAGCCAGAUGGAAAAGUCGACGUUAGCAUUCCACAGGAUGGAGGUGAUUUGAAUGCACAGUAUGAUCUCGAGCUGUCGACGUUCGCUACAAAGCCAGCCAAGGAAGUGCGCGUGGUGUCCGAGGCAGAAAAGCAGGAAGAUUAUUACAAGGGGUUCCGAAGUGGUGUCGUUCUUGUAUGGAUUUUCUGCAAUUUUGCACUUGGCGCUGUUGUUUUGAGUACAGCGGGAUUAGAGAACCUCGAUUCUAAGUCGGCUGAGACUGAUACUAAGCGAGCUGACAUUUACAUGUCGGUGAUUUUGUGGAGCGUUGCCGGUCUAUCUUUGAUCAAGUUUAUUGGUGCAAUGUGGUUUUUGGUUGUACGAAUGUUCCGCGGCGUCUAAGGAGGUAGUACUUUAUACUCACCCCGCCACGCCUUGUAUAUUGAUGUCGAAACAUGGUCGAGAUCGUGAAGUCAUCUUCACCUGUCAUAUUUCCUUUUACCUUCGGGGCUACCCCAGAGAUGUAUGUUUAGUUCCCUUUUUUCUGCUCACUCACUAUGCAUGAUUACUCCGAGCAUCACUACUGAUGCUAUGCGAUAUUUAUGAUAUGUCGGAUCUGUUUUCUGAUCGACCACAUGACGUUGAUACCAUUAUACGCGGUUGAUGAUUCUCUCAUGCUUAUACCCGUCCUUGCACGUGGUGGAAUGGGUGUUUGUUUUUCUUUUUCCGGCGCUUGAUUUGUAUGCAUGGUUAGUGUGUAUUUCUGUUGAAUGUACGAAUUGGCAUCUCAGUGCCUGAUGAUAUAGACCUAAGGUCAUAGAGU